UUGCAGCGAAGCUCUUUCAACUGGCGUUCUCUUCGAUUCCGCUUAAGUUUGUAGAUUAAUAAAUCAAAAUGAAUCUGGAGGACAUUUCGGUGAUGAUGAAGCUGUGCAACGACAACGUGCACAAGCUGCAGGAGAAUCUGCGCUCAUACCAGAGCGACGUCAACCGGGUUCGCACAAUUCUCACCGAAAGGUGGGCGAAUGUAGAUCGCCAGGACAGGAGACUCAUCGCCCUUCAUGACCAAUUAGUGGGCAGUCUCAGCGAGGUAAAUGCCUAUGUCAUCCAGCUCAACCUGCACAUAGAGCUCAACCGACCGGCUGGAAGAUUAAGGAGCGAGGAAAAGCGGGAGGACUCCUUCGAUUCACCCAAUCGUUUGAUUAAAAAAGCCAUAACAGAUGCAAUUUCUGAUGAACAGCCGCUGGAGCCGGACUCCAGCGAGAUGUGGCCGGAAUCAUUAAUGCAGCUGGUGCCCGUUGAUUUGUCCAUGGCCUCAAAGUCCAUGGUGAAGACGUCAAAUACGCUAGAGCCUCCUGCACUUUCCUCUAAAAUUUCUCCAAAGCCAGCAAUAACGAUCAGCAACGAUAUUUCCAACCAAAAGUCCAUGACUGAAUUGCAGAUUAUAGAGAACGCAGUAGUCAUCGACUCAAAGGUUGAUUCUACGCCGUUUCCUGGGUAUUCCGCUGCUGUUAAUCAAAAUCAACCAAUCACAACAGUCAAACGACACCAUCAGGACCACGAACCCCCUAUCCAGAAGAACUCCAAUAAUAUCUGCAAAGAAAUGCCAAAGAAAAUCGAAGAACAACAGAUUAACGAAAGACCAGUCAUGCCCUCUAGCUGGCUUAUUAAACCCUUAGCGGAUCAAGUUACUACUUCGCCACCGGCUGCAACCUUUCCCAAACUAUCGAAGACACCACGCAACCGAUGCCUCCUGGCUCCUAAAGGCGGCACCCAGACGACCAGCGAUGGCAUCUACAAUCAAAUCCCGAAGAACAUGGAUGCUUUUCCCAAGGGCACCGUGAUCUCAGCCGUCUUAGUGCAUGCGAAUGCGGCGGACAACUGCAUCUUUGUGGCCAAAUGGGAUAAGAGCUCAAAGCAGAUUCAGAAGUUGCUCCAGGGACAGGUGCCACUGCGGGAAAUUGACCAAUUGCCAAAUUACGGGGACAUAUUUGCAGUCUACGACAGCAGUGACAAUAUAACCACUCGCAUUACUAUCAAUAGCAGCUCCGAGGGCGGAGGCUAUGAUGCCUAUCUAAUUGACUAUGGAGAGCACAUCCAUCUGAGCGGCAACGAAACCAUAUUCGAACUGCCCAGCGACAUCAAGGCGCUGCCCGCAGAAGCCAUUAGAUCCAAUUUGAUGAACUACACUGUUAGCCAGAUGAGUAAAUUCCUCUAUCAGAGUCUUACAUUCCGGGUGCACGAUAACAAUGGCAUCGGUCUGAUGGUGGAGUUGAUCGACAAAGAAGUAACAGGUUUAAAUAAUAAUAAGACCGAAGGUCCUGUUAAACUAAGCGAGGAUGACAUGGCCAUGUUGAAUGAGAUCGAAGACUCCACCAGCAAUCCUUUGAAGGCCGUGCUGGGCUUCAUACCAACGGAUGAGCAACGCAUUUGCCGGCACUACGAUCCCAAGCUAAAUGGCUGCUUUAAGGGUAACAAUUGCCGCUUGGUUCACGAACCCUUUGCCCCUGAUGGCGCCACAAAGGAUGUGGAGGUAGCUGGAGCUCUUCCGGAAACCGUCUUUUACUCUCCAGUGCCUCAGAAAAUGGGCAGCACUGUCCGCAUCCUGAUCACCUUUGUGAACAGCCCCACGGAGGUUUAUGCCCAGUUUGUGGACGGUUCUGCUCCGCUGGUGUGGGACAAGAAAGAUGUGCCCGAGGAGAAACGGAGCUUCAAGCGCAAGCCGCACCUCCUUGACAUUGUGUUGGCCCUCUACAGCGAUGGCUGCUUCUAUCGCGCCCAGAUCAUCGAUGAAAUGGAUAAGGAGUACAAGAUCUUCUAUGUGGAUUACGGCAACACUGAGUUCGUGCCCCUGAGCUGCUUGGCUCCUUGCGAUUAUGUGGAGAGCUUGAAGCCUCAUCGGUGCAUCAGUUGCCAAAUAGAGGGAGUCAUAAGGUCAUCAUUUCUCUCGCACCAGAAGACAUUUGAAUGCAUCGAAUACCUCAAGAGUAGGCUGCUCAACAAGGAGAUGGAUGUGAAGCUGAUUAAUCGUCUGCCGGAUGGCUUCCUAAUUCGUUUUCUGGGCGAAUACACCGAAGUGCCGAGUCAGCUGGUGAAACGUGGAUAUGCUCAGCCCAGCAAUGGAGUCCGGCGAAGCUCCAUUGAAGAUCCAGAUCUCGAUCAGCCUUCGGCAGAUGAAGCCCCCAACGAUAUCUGAUAUCGUCAUUGCUAGGUCUGUUAUAUUUUUUGUUUUUUAAUCUUUACCUUUUUUCUAUUUAAAAAAUGCUUUAAAUCCAGAAGAAAAACUAUAGCAUAGCAUAGGCCUUUUUGUUUACAUAUCCUUAGAUAAUUUUUUUGACCUGCAUUACUUUUAUUUAAUUUCUGAACGACCUUAUUUGUAAUCAAAUUACAAUAUUGUGACUAUCUGUUGUCUUAAAACUACGCUACUUGUUUUAGGCUCAAAGUGUUUUUAGGCGAGAUUUAAAUUCUUCGUCGAUUUAAAACUUCACAAUGAAGUUCAGUUCAAAAGUUUAAUAUACAUCCCAAAUGAAAAGGAUAUUUAAGUUAAAGAAAAUACUUUUUUUUACGUUUUUCAUUUUUGGAUUUUUUGUACUACUCAUAUAACAUUAAUUUUUCUUUGGAUGGAUAUUCCCCUUCAGUUAUGCCGUGUAGCAAACCUAAUAAACUGUCUACGUUCCAACGCGUUAUCCA